GUCUUACAUUCUCUACUUGAACCCUGCUAUCCAGCUGAAUUUCCCAAUGUAUCUGUUAUUGGAAUAAGUAAUUGGAGAUUAGAUAAUUCCAAGUCAAGUAGAGCUCUCUUAGUACAAAGACCAAAAUUCGAAGAAAAAGACCUCAUCGAUACUGCUGAAAGAUUAAUGAGCAAGAAUAAUCUUUUGAGCAGAAUUUGGAGUUUAAGUUUAACUCCCAAGUUGAAAUCAUUAGCUGAAUCAUUUUUGAAAUAUGAAAAAGUUCAGCCCAUUAAGAAUUUUCAUGGGCUUCGAGAUUAUUAUUCACUUGUUAAAAGUCUCAGCGCUAGUGAU